UCCAGCACAAGCAGUUGAGUCGAGAAGGAAAAUAUGGCAGACACGGCAAGGGAGGCUGGAUCUUCCCCAGGCAUUGCUUCCCAGCAUGACCAGCACCCGGAGAAGGGCACGGCUCAAUCAUCACAGACUGCGGCUUCCGAUACCUCGUCCUCACGGAGCGAACCUAGGCCGCACCUUCACGCAAAGACCUUUUUGGCUGUCUUUGCCAUUUGUGUUAUCUACUUUGUCCAGAUCUACAAUGUCGUCGGGAGUGGAGCUCAAACGAACACUAUCGCCAUCACACUCGGUAAUGGAAGCACGGCUGACGGAGUAUGGCUCUCGUCGUCGAUUGCCAUUGGCACGGCCGUGCUGAGUCCCAUCUUCUCCCAGGCAGCUGACUACUGGGGUCGUCGCUGGUUCUUGGUUCUUUCUACCUUUAUUGGUGCCGUUGGCUCCAUCAUCGUGGCCCGGGCCACCUCGAUGAACAUGGCCAUUGCCGGCUUGGCCAUUACUUCCAUCAGCUACGGCGCUCAGCCCCUUCUGCACGCCGUGUCCUCCGAGGUCCUUCCGCGCCGCUACCGCUCAUGGGGCCAAGCCGCUGACCUCAUCGCCAACGGCCUCGGUGGUAUCACUGCCCUGCUUUGCUCCGGCGCUUUCUCCCGUACUUCCAACGUCCCCUCCGAGGGUUUCCGGAAGUUCUGGUACCUCGGCACCGGUCUCUUCGUUCUCGCCACCGUUCUGUGCUUCGUCUUCUACAACCCUCCUCAAACCGAGCGGGAGCGAUCCUUUUCCUUCUCCGAGAAGCUCGGCAAGCUCGACUGGGUCGGCUACUUCCUCCUCACCUCUGGCAUUGUCCUCUUCUGCAUUGGCCUCUCCUGGUCCGAGAACCCGUUCCCAUGGUCGAACGCGCACGUGUCCGCCACCUUUGGCGUCGGCAUGGCUCUCAUCAUUGCCCUGGCCGUCUACGAGACCUUUUUCAAAAAGGACGGCAUGUUCCACCACGGCCUGUUCAAGAGCCGCAACUUCCCCAUUGCGCUCGUCUGCCUCUUUUGCGAGGGUCUCGCCUUUUUCAGCGCCAACAACUACUUUGCCUUCCAAGUCGGCAUCCUCUACGAGACGGACGCCCUGCUUGUCGCCACUCGCUACUCCAUCGCCAUCAUUGUCUCCAUCUUCUCCGCCGCCGCCGCCGGCAUGUACUGCGCCCAUUACAAGCGCGUGCGCUGGAUCACGGUCGCUUCCUUUUGCAUCUUUACCGCCUUUUUUGCUUGCAUGGCCACUUCGGGUGUGGGUUUCGACACCGAGGUCUGGGGAUACCCCGUCCUGCUCGGUACCGCCCUCGGCAUGUCGCUCUGCGUUCUAGUCACCAUUGCACAACUAUCCACCCCGCCUGAACUCAUCGCGAUCGCCACGGGGCUGGUCAUUGGUCUCCGCUCGCUCGGCGGGUCUGUUGGCCUGGCUAUCUACAACGCCCUUCUCAAUGGCGCCUUGAAUCACUUGGGGGAUAACAUUGCUCAGGCCGUGCUGCCCCUUGGCUUGCCGCCGCAGUCGGUUGGACCGUUGAUCGGUGCCCUGGCGGAUCACCAUGAGGAGCUGAUCCCCAAGAUUGAGGGUGUGACGCCGCAGAUUAUCGAGGCGGGCGUGUAUGCGCUCAAGGAGACGUUUGCGACGGGGUUCAGGAGGGUGUGGACGGCGGCGAGCUGCUUUGUGGCGGUGGCGGCCAUCGCGGCGUGUUUCUUGAAGGAGGAGGGCAAGGAGUUUACGAUGCGGAUUGAUAAUCCGAUUGAGAAGGAGGAGGAGUUGUAUUCUGAUGUGGAGAGGGCGCACGCUUAGGUCAUGAACAUGAAUUGGAGGAUUUACGGUGUGGUGAUGGAUGCUGCCUAGAGGUUCCUACCUAGGUACGUACAUCACGAGUGACGGGGAUGAGUUGACGAGUUGGUGUUUAAGUUGCUUGGGUGUUCAAAAAAGCCAUGUGGACAUGACGAGAAAGCUUAGAUCUUUGGGAUACCCCUUUUUUGUCGAUCGUUCAAACGCCCACGCAAAAUUGUUUCGCAUGCGAUGGUUUUUUUCUUUAUUAUUCUUUAUACGACCUUUCUUAAUCUGAUACUAUAGACAUAGAUCAAUAACAACAUUGGUUCAGGACUUGUAUCGUUUAGUCCGCUCAGCUCAUGUGGGUUGGUCUACCUGUGCAAACUUGUUUCUAUACAAUACUCCCGUCCAUUGCACCAAAUUUCUCCCAGGUACUGUCAACAUGGAAACUCUGAAUGGCAUGCCCUGGUUUCUAUUUCUCGUGCAUCGGCUUGUUCCAUUUCUCGCCACCUCGGUGUUCAGUUGCAAUAAUGCCAUGG